AUGAUCAGAUCAAGUGUCAAAAUUGCCAAGCCAUUGGCUUCAGGCUACAGCAAACGGUCCCUGAGCUUUGCUGCUCCUCAGUUUGGUGGUUUCUUGCAGCACAAAAACUCGUCGAUUGCGCUGCAUUUUCAAAGAUCCUCAAGAUCCCAGUCCACAGUUGUCAAGGUGCCUCCAAUGGCGGAGUCGAUUACCGAGGGUUCUUUGAAAGAGUUCACCAAGCAGGUUGGUGAAUUCAUCCAGCAAGACGAACUUCUAGCAACCAUCGAAACCGACAAAAUCGACGUGGAGGUGAAUGCCCCAACUACCGGUAAAGUUUCAAAAUUGAACUUCCAACCGGACGACACAGUCACCGUUGGCGAUGCUCUCGCUGAAAUUGAAGCUGGUGAAGCUCCACAGGGCGGUCAGGCUCAGGAAAAGCCCAAGGAGGAGAAACCUGCUGAGUCCAAGGAGCCAGAGUCCAAGCCUUCAAAAGAGGAGCCCAAGAAGGAAGAACCAAAGAAGGAAGAACCAAAGAAAACCUCCUCGCCUGCUCCUUCAUCCCAGCCUAAAAAGGAGACUGCACCAGCCCAGGAACCCCCCAAGAGUUCGGCCAAUUUCUCUCGUUCCGAACAAAGAGUUAAAAUGAACCGUAUGCGUCUAAGAAUUGCUGAAAGAUUGAAGGAUUCUCAAAAUACCGCAGCUUCUUUAACGACCUUUAACGAAUGUGACAUGUCUGCCUUGAUGGACAUGCGUAAGCUCUACAAGGACGAGAUUAUCAAGAAGACCGGAAUCAAGUUCGGGUUCAUGGGUAUGUUUGCCAAGGCCUGCACAUUGGCCGCUAAGGAAAUCCCAUCUGUUAACGCUGCCAUUGAAGGUGAUCAAAUUGUGUACCGUGACUACACAGAUAUCUCUGUUGCCGUUGCCACACCAAAGGGUCUAGUCACCCCAGUUGUUCGUAACGCUGAGUCUUUGUCGGUGCUAGAUGUGGAAGCCGAAAUCAGCCGUUUGGGUAAGAAAGCCCGUGACGGUAAGUUAACUCUAGAAGAUAUGGCCGGUGGUACUUUUACGAUCUCUAACGGUGGUGUCUUUGGUUCUUUGUAUGGUACUCCAAUCAUCAACCUACCUCAAACUGCCGUGCUAGGUUUGCACGGUGUCAAGGAAAGACCCGUCACCGUGAAUGGUCAAGUUGUGUCUAGACCAAUGAUGUACUUGGCCUUGACUUACGACCACAGACUUUUGGAUGGAAGAGAAGCUGUCACUUUCUUGAAGACAGUCAAGGAGCUCAUCGAAGACCCAAGAAAGAUGAUGCUUUCUUAG